AUGUGGGGAAAUGCUAACUUCAGAGCUCGUGGACGCGGUCGUGGAAGGGGCAGAUUUUUUAGAGGCCGUGGAAUAGCAUUUUCAGGAGGUCGAGGGAGAGGUGGGGCAGGUGCACCCAUAGCCGAAGUCCCGCCCAACAAUACGAUAAGUGAUGACAGAGCACUGAAAAUCACCGUGCAGACAGAAAAGGAAACUGCUCGAGAUGAUCACAGAGAUCAUAAUGCAAGGAGGGACAGCAAGCAUUCUGAGAGUCGCGAUUAUGGAAACUGUCGUAGUAAAUCUCGCUCACGGUCUCCGCUCAGUAAAAGACCGGUGUCAGAAAGACUAGGACCUCAGGUUGUUAAACACAGCAGCGUCUUUAAUUACAUGUAGUAUGGUUUGUGAUGGAUGAUCGGAGCAGUGAAGGUGAAGAAUCCAUCCGCAUAACAGUUGGAAAUGAGAUGUUCUCCGACAAGGCCAGGCGAAGUCCAUCCUCUCAUGGGGGCAGAAGUGGAAGGCGAGGUUCCCCCCACAGAGAUAGACGAGAUCCAUCCCCCAGAAACCGACGAGGCUCACCCUCAAGAGACCGACGAGGCUCACCUCUCAGACACAGAUCUUCAUAUAGAAGUCGAGACUCCCCAUCUCGAGAUUACAGGGGAUCACUGUCAAGGGACAAGCGAGAUCGACAUGGUUCUUCCCCUUCCAGGUACAGGCGGGGUCCCAUCUCCCAGACGAGAUAGGCACAGUUCCCCUCACAGGGAUCGACGAGACUCAUCGCCCUAUAGGGAUCGACGAGGAUCACUGACUCACAGAGAUCGAAGGGGGUCAUCACCGUCACGGUAUCGGCAGGGCUCAUCGCCAUCAAGAGAUAGGAGAGGUUCAUCCCCUUCAAGACAUCACAGGGAUUCAUCACCAAGAGAUAGGAGACCAUCUUCACCAUACUCAGACAGACACAGCUCCUCUGACAGAGACAGUCACUACAGGAGCCCUCCUAGACAGGAGAUGAGAUUCUUGACGGGAGACACAGACCUCCGAGAAAAGCCUACGGAUCAUUUGGAAAAUGCCCAACACCUUUACAACCAGAAUGAAGCCCUGCAUAGUGGAUUCAAUCCCCGGUUGAAUACAGAUGCUCCAGUAAGGUCAGACAUCCAGUCUAGGGAACGCCCAGGUCAUUCACCAAUUUUCAAGGAUUUGUACAGAGAAUCCUCACCCAGCAGAGCAGAGCUCCCUAAUCUAUUGCAGCCUCUGAGGAGACAUCCAUUGCCAGGAUUCUCCUAUGUGGAGGAUGAUAACGGCUCCCAGUCACCAAAUUUGUCAACCCUGACAACUGUUCAGUCACAAGACUCCAAUGCUGUGACAAGGAUGCCAUUAGGGCUGCCUGGAGAACAACGAGCUAUACCACCACCCCCUACAGCGAAGCCAAAGAAAUCCAUUCUUAAGAAGAGCACAGACAAUGCUAAGCAGUCCCCUGUCAUCUCUGGCUUUGGUGAUUGCUCAGAGGCUCUUCCAGGAUUCACUUCAGCACCUGAAAUUAUCCCUCAUACUAAACCCCUUUUCCCAUCUGCUUUUCCUGGCCAGAAGCCACCUCAGUCACAAGCAAGUGCCAUGCCGAGUGUGUUGCCACAGUCACAAUAUUCAGGAGUGAAUUCCAUGGAAAUUGAUGAUGAAGAAAUGUUUCUUUAUGGAAAGUCUUCAAGUAGCUCUCAACCUGUGCAAGGAUUUGAUGAGAGAAAGGAUUACUUGUUAGGCAGAGAUUCUAAUGCAGGACAAAAAAGUGUUUUGGAAAGCUCAAGUCUCCUUCAGGACAGCUUAAAGUUUCUGAGAAAUGAACAGAGUAAGCCCUCUUCCCAUCCUGAAAAUCCAAUUGUGUUUGAUGCCAAAGCUACUGCUCAGUUACACUCUUUAGCAAGCAGUGUUCUCCUGUCCCAGAACUCCUCGCGGGUAAACAAACUUCCCGAUAUGUUAGGGUUGGGUAAUGCACCAGUCAGCUCCUUGCCUUCUGCACCCCUAUCCCAUGGGAUGAUAGGAGGUGACCCCAUAGCAAAUAGCUCGUUCAUUGACAGUUCACUUGGCAGACAAGUGCCAGUUUCAUCUGUGGCAGGAUUGCCCUCCCAACACCACCAUCUUGCCCAGUCAUACCAGAGUGGAGCACUACCACCAGUAUCCCAACCCAAAGAGGAGGCUGUAGACAAUAACCUAAUCCAAAACCCCAUGAUAAAAGGUAUCUUGCAGUCCAUAGGCUUUGACUUUGAAAUGUCUAAAAGAAUGCAGGAAAGAGCAAAGCACGCCACUGGAUUAAAAGUGCAGCAAAUUGUUGAACCUGUUAAGGCAGAACCUUUGCCUUCAGUUGAAGAUUCACAGUUUGGGAUUAACCAGACAGCUUCAUUUUUGAGUGGAGGUCUUUCUGACAUAGAACUGCGGGGAUCCCUGUUCAAAAAAGAGGAGGAAGAUGUAGAGAGUUUGGUCAAAAGUGCUCAACAAAAUGUUCGGCAGGCUGAGAGAAACUACAGAGACAGGGAAACAAAAGCAAUGCAGUUCCAGAACCAGGAGGCCAUUGUGGACAACAAACAGUCUCCAUACCCCCAGUUACAAAAGCACCAGUACGGUACUAGUACACAGUUUGGUGCUGUUUCUAUAGACCAUUACACUAACACACCUCCUGACCCAAGACAGUCCCUCCUGAAAAACAUGUAUGACCCUUUGCAUGAUGAAUCGGUGAUGUAUGAAAGAGACUAUGAUAUGCCACCUCAGCAGCUGCAGCACCCGGAUGAUCGAGAAUCCCAUCUGAUUCCUCUGGUAGGUAGAGAUGGUAGCAGGAUUUCUGUGGACAGAGAUUCCGCCAAGUAUUCUCUAGGCAGAGACAGCAAACGAUUAGCAGGGAGAGAUCAUUUUGAUCCUUACUCCAGAAGUAUCUCCCAUGACAGAAGAACCCAUUCCGACAGAAGUGUAUCCCCAAGAAGGAGAAGUAUAUCCCCAAGAAGGAGUACAUCCCCAAGGCGAAGUGUGUCUUCCGAUAGAAGAAGUAUCUCACAGGACAGAAGAAGUUUUUCCCCAGAUAGAAAAAGUAUUUCUUGUGGUAGAAGUGUCUCUCCAGGUGGCAGAAGUAUUUCUCCAAACAGAAGAAGCUUAUCUCCUCCACACAGAAGGGGUUUGUCCCAAGACACACGAGACGAAAGAAGUAGAUCACCCAGCCGGCACUCUCGUCAUAGGAGAAGUGAUUCUUAUGGUAAACGUUCCCUUUCUCCGCACUCAAGAAAUGAGUCUGAGUCUUGGAAAUACAGAGACUCAAGGAGGCCUAGUGAUGACAAGUCACAGAUCAAAAUCAUGAGAACUUUUCCAUCGCGAGAAAAGAGCUCCGAGCGCUACAGUAUUGACCGAAGAUAUAGGAGGUCGGACAGUGAGAAGGAGGAAGACGUCCAGGAGACCAGGACUGUGGUGGCAAGUGGUCCUGUGAUACGCCGAACCGUUUUAGCUCCCAAGGUGGAAGUUCCAACACUUCAUGCCAGUUCAGCUGCAGCUAUUGUGAAAAAGCAACUGCAAACAGGCAAAUCACUGCUGACCCAAAAGGAGCGGGAAAAGCUCAUGCAAGAGAGAGCUGACAGACAGAGGCGACUGGAGGGUUUGGAAAGGGAACUGGAAAGAUUGCGCAAACAGCAGAAUGAACUGAUGAGAAAGAAACAGCGUCAAAAAGAUGGGCACAAGGAUCCAGUGUUGGUGGAGAAUAGCAAACUGCAAGAAGAGAUAGCUCAGCAGAUUUCCUCCCUGAGAAAAGCGGCUGAUGAGAAUUCUAAAACACUUAAGGCCUCUGGUGGCGGUCUCAAACUCAAGAAGGAGGUCAGUGUGAAGGACAUUCACAAGGAAGAAGAAAUAGAGGAAACGAGAACAGUUACAACAGAAAGCAGUGUGGAGCCACCUCCUGCUAAACCAGUGAAGGAGAAUGUGGUGUAUGAGUACAUUGAUCCUGGUAACCACUGGUGCCGAACAUGUAAUCACAUUUCCAGUAAUAUAUUUGAGGUUUUUCACCACCUACAGUCCAAGAAACACUUGCAGAAAUCUGACCCAUAUGAUCGGCCAUGGAUGCCUGAGGCCGUGAAAAACCCUUCCGGUGCCCCACCUAAGAAAGGGAAAGAAGUACAAGUUGCGAUGAUAAAAGGAGUGGAGUUUCUGCGGCCAACCCAGGCAUUUUACUGUACGCUGUGCUCCGUGUUCUCUGGGGAUGAGCUGUGUGCUGAACACCAUUUGAAAAGUGAAGAACACAACAGUAGAUACAAGAAAUACACAGAAGAUAACCUGUUUUACGAAAGGGGCAUAAACUUAGACAAAGCUGCAGGAAUUUCUAUGAUGAAGGAAGAUGAGAAGAAUGGGGAGAGGAAGACAGACAAACGGAAACCAGAAGCAAAUGUAAAGGAAGAAUCUGUAGAAGAAAUAAACAAAAGACGAAAACUUGCAUUUGAAGAAGAUGAAAGGAAGAGAAAACAAAAGAUUGAAGAAGAGCGAUUAAAAAGGCAAAGUGUUUAUGAAAAAAGAGAUCAGAAAAUUAAGGAGUCCUUGAAAAAGUCAGAAAAGCCAGUGGAUGACUUGUCUGGUGAAGGUGGAACUGAGGAAAAGUGGGCUACUUCUGACAGUAGUGGGAAAGCUAUUAAGUUGACUUUGAAAGGUGAGAAGGAACCAACUGCUUCCCCUCAAGCAGGCAAAAAAGGUAAAGUGUUUAGUAAUUUCACCUGGACCAAGAAGGAAAACAAACCACUCAUAACAAAGGGUAGUGACGUCUUUGCAGAUGAUGAAGAAGAAGAUGAUGACGCAGAUGCGGCCAAUGCAACACAAAUUGCAGAUACCAAAGAUGUGCCAAGUGCAGAACAAGUUAAAGGUGUUAAAAUAGCCAUAAAAUUAACGGGUAAAACUCAGAUUAAGCCUCAUGUGAAAUCUGCUUAUCCAACGUGGACUACUGUUGCAAAUAAACCCCCACCAGUAAAACAACCCCCCAAGCCCCAGAUUGUGACUGUGAGAAAAAGCAGUAAAUCGGAAGAAGAGACGACGUCCGCACCACUUGAUCAGUUUCUUAGUAUUGGUGAAGCUUCCAGCAAAAAGCCCCUUCCUGUCAUAAAAGAAGCCACAGUUGACAAGAGUGAAGUAACUACAGAAAAACACAGCAGUACAAAAGAUAAGUCUUCAAUGGGACUUGAUUUGGCAUCCAUUCCAACACCAAAGGACCCACCACCUCCAUCGAAAUCGUCAGCAUCAGAGAAAGAAUCACUGGAGGAAAUGAAACUCUUGGGCAUUGAUCCUGCAAGCUCAAACCCUCUUGCUGUCCCUAAACCACCCCCACCUGCAUCCAAAGCUAAGAAGAAAAAGGGCAGCAAGAAUAAAAAAGCAACAGAAAAAGACCAAGGUUCUGCCCCAGGAUCUAAGACUGUGCAGGAUCUUUUCGACAUUUUCUAUGGUCAGAAAUCAGAGGCUAAUUCAGAAGGCACUCCAGCUCCUCCCAAGACGGUAUCAUCUGACACUGCUGCAGCUCAACCCACUACAGCGACUUUGUCUGCUCAGAUUGACCCAACAAUUCCAAACCAUUACCCUUCAGGCCCACCAACAUUCUUACAAAAUCCACCAGAAACUUUCUAUGGACCUCCUCCAUUUUCUUGUGGGCCACCAGCAUAUCAAGGAGGUAUGCCAUAUGGGUCUCAGAUGAAUAUGUUCCCGCAAGGACCUGGUCCAUGCCAGUUUGCACCCCGUCCUUUCCAGCAAGGAUUCCCGCCCGGAAGAGGGUUUUAUCCAGGCCCAAGAGGACCACAAGGCCCUCAUUAUUAUGGUCCACGACCAAUGGGCCCAAGUCCUUUUGGCCCUAGACCUAUGGGCCCAGGUCCUUUUGGCCCUGGGCCAAUGGGUUCGGGUCCAAUGGGUCCACGUCCAUUUGGUCUUUCUGGUCCACAUAAUCACGGUCCCAUGGGCCCAGGUGGAAUGAGACCAGAUUUAACUGACCAAAGUGCUCCUACAUCAUCUAAUUCUACAGAAAACAACACAAUUGUAUCGUCUGCUUCCAAGUCUACUGCAGCGUUGGUAAGUGUAACUGUUCCCUCCAGUGCCUCAGACACAGUUGCCACAUGUGCGACUGCUCCUGAAACAGUGAGAAGCACUGAUGAGCUUACAUUAAAGACUGAUGAUCUCAGUACAGAUCCCAGGGGGCCUGCUCGGGCGCGUGACGCCACAUCUGAUCCUUCAGCUUCUACUGAUGCACGAACACGAUCUGCACAUCCACCAUCCACGCUACCUGCGCUCGAACAGCCAGUUACAGUCGAUUCUCUGGUAACUGUUACUAAUACCAAUCCAUCUACAACAGACUUGUCCUGCUCUUGUACAGAUCAACCUGUGUCCACUGUUGAGGCCGAAACUAUCUCUGAACCCAUAAUUGUUUCUGGGACACCAGUUCCCACAGCUGUUGCUGAUAUCCAUAUAGUCGGUGAUGAGGGAAAUUUAAGUGAAUCAGUAAGUAUAGCAGGUUCUGCUAUAUCUAUUACAACAUCCAUUGAAAGUGGUGAGACUGCAGGAGAAUACACUUACAGCACACCUCAGAUAGUACCCGAGGAAAACACUCCAGUGGAGAAUGUGUCUUUAGCCUCGGAACAGCGGUCUCCGCAUAAUUAUACAGAAGCAGACAAUGGUUCAAGAGUGAGCAAUCCAGUAAACACUGCCAAGCUGGAGGAAGAUUUGUCUGUAACAAAUCAUACGGGCAGUGACUCGUCCAGUAACAUGCCAUUGAGUUUUGAGCCAAUGCCAAGAGAAGAAAACAUAUCCAAUGAGGCCUUGGCCUCUAAUGAAACGGUCAUUUUUCAGGACAUGUCGACAUUAGCCAGUCUGAUAACUCCAGCUGCUGAAAUCGGUUCGGAGCAGUUGAGUAAUCAGAACCAGGAUUUUAGGACUGAGGAACCUGCUUUCUUUGGACGGACUCAUGGCGCAGAAAUCCUACGUCAAGAUAGCCUAGAUUCAGCUACACGUUUCACAGCUCCGCCAGAAUUUUCUGCGCCUGAUCAAAUGGAUGUUGCAAGUAAUGAUUUCAUGCCCCAUACGCUAUCUGGUAUGAUAUCCAUGGAUGCAUCAUUGGGGUCGCCGGAGCCAUUGACUUUUAAUCCAGAAGUGCUGGCGGAUAUGGAGUAUUUCCCUGGUGAGGGCAUGACGAGCGCUAAUGCAAGUCUGACCGAGUCGUUACUUGGUCUGUCCUCAGGUGUCGAGUUCGUUAAUCCAAAUAUGACACUGAAUAAUUGUGAGAUGCAGACAGAUGAUGUGACAAGUAAUGGCAGUGGCACCAGUAUGAACAUAGGUGACUUUCACGUCCUAGACGAAUGCGAAGAAGAUUGAAGCAGUAUUGUUUGUGAUAUUCAUUUGUGGAAACUUUGGAUGGAGUAUUUUCUUACUGGUUAAUAAUCAGAUGGAUCGUCAAAGUGCUCUCCUGGUCAACACAGCCGCGAGGUCCGCAGCAGGCAGCGCCCAUACCACGUGGACCAUCUCGGUGAUAGAGACCUAGACCUACUCCGCUGUGUCUACAUUUCUAUCAGGGCAUGAAAUCCUCACCAGAAAACUGCAGGGUUCACAGUCACCAGUGUAAAUAAAUGUCUGGCUGUGUCUGUAGUUACCUUUUGGGACAUCACCGCUGAUUUACAGAGGCAACGUUUUAAUGUAAAUUUUAUUUCAACUGCUUCUCGAUAUAGUUAGCGUAUAAAACAAUCCUCUCUUCGAGGGGGGAAGUUUGCAUGAAAGCAAACAAACCAUUUUGACUUGUGUUCGUUGAUUUAACCAGGCGUCGUACAUCAACAAGAUUGUGACGAGAACAUACCGAAGGACCGCCAGUGCAUAGUGGGUAUAAUAUAAGUGCGAACCAUUGAGCCCAUGUGGUAAACUUGUCCUGGAGGAGACGCACAUCAGGCACACAAGUCCUUUGUGUAAGGAAUCUAUGCCACUCAUUAACUGAAAAAGGAUGAGCAUAACUUAAUAACAGUAAGUGGCUUAUGACAUAAAUGAGGGUUACUGUUUCUUUGUCUUCAGUACCAAGUCAGUCCUGUGCGACCCUCUAUAUAUCCGGUUAGAAUCGUGUGUACAUUAUCAUUUCCUGUUGAUUGUGUAUAAGAUAAUAGUAAGACCAGGGAAGUCGAAUGUUAAAUUAGCGCUUUGAAAAUUUUGCAUGUUCUCAAUGAUAUUGCGCUCGUGAAUAAAGUAUCCACAGUAAUUCAAAUUUUUAUUUUUCAUCGGAAAUCAUCGCUGAUUUGAUUUCAGGUUCAAAACGAAAAAGUUAAAUGAUAUUCAUGGAAGUCUCCUGUCAAUGACGGGGAAAAAAGACAAGAAAGACCCCCCCCACCCCAAAAAAAAAAAAAAAAAAGUGAUGCCUUCUGUGCUUGGAAAUUUAUGUGCGACGGAGAUUGCAGAAUUAAAGAGGUGCCGAGUUGGCAACUGGAGCUAUUCCACGGUAUAUCCUCUACGCCCCUCUUCGGUCGUCGUUUAGGUCCCAGCCGAGAAUCCACUUUUCACAAAAUAAACGAAACCACAACUAGGCAAGACUCUGGUUGAUGGUGAGCGCUCAUACAAUGUACGACUAGAUGAUGGCAGCGGACACAAAUGGCCUACUCUCUUUGUGUAAAUUCAGCCAGUCCAAAGUGAAGCCCCCGCAUACACGUCAUUUUUUUCGCAAAACUACAUGUAUCACUCGUCCCUCGUGUGCUACCAUGUAUAAACAGUGACAAAGAGAGGCCCUUAAGGACUCAACAAUAUUUAACCAGUGGGCAUAAUCUACGUACAAGAUUGAGGUUUCAGAAGAUUUUUUUCCGUUAUUAACAGUACUGAAGACUUUUUUCAGAAUAUUUAUUUAGCUGACCCAUGUUUUACCACCGAAAAAAGAGAUGAUGGAACAAUUUCCAGUAACCUUCAAAUAAAAUUAUAUUUAUUACGUAAGUUAUAAUAUUUAUUUACGUAAGUUGGCCUACGUUGGAAAGUUUGCCAACAAACUGUAGAUGAGCAUGGGUUUCCUGAGUAAGUGAAACAUUCUUGAGAAUUCCAAUAAGUUAGUCAACACUGGAUUCAAUCGCCAGCACACUCACUUCAGGUUCAAACCUGGUUUUGCAAGGACAGAUUUGUCCAUGCACUGUUUCUGGGGGAGGGUUGGGAGGCGCUUGGUGCCAAGAAGCGGCCCACGCCGCUUGUUUGGGGGUUAGCACGAUUUGUUGUUCAUAAUGGUGUGCAUAUUUCUACGUCACAGGCUCGUGAAAAAGUUCGUCAAUUAGCGGUACCUGCCAAUAGUCGGCGGUUUAUCUCACGAGCAACCUGGUUUCUUAAUCUGACCAUCGAUCAAGUAAAACAUUGCUUGAGCAUUCGUUUGUAAGCAACUGUCAAACAAGUCAAUCCUCGUGAAACAUUUACUCCUUUAUAUAUAAAGGCGCAUGUGUUACAGUAUGAACAUACACAAGUACAUUCAACUGAUGGCCCUUUGUAGGCUUGUACCUAGUGGUACAAAAUUCACCAAAAUAUAGUGAACAUGGAGUAUACGUAACAAGCAAUAAACUUUCAAAAAUUUCGCUUGGGCGAGGGCUAUAUGAGUAAAGUGACGCGGAAUCGGAUUUGUACCAAAUUACCUUAAUUACAUGGCUUUUGCGUUAUUACUAAAUGAGGAAACCUGUCAAAAGAUGUUUGAUGGUAUGAAUAAACGAUAGCAAAACACCAAUUUGGCACAAUCAGUGUAUUAGCCUAGUAUAUAGGGGCCUAUAGCUUCCAACAUGCAUCGGACGAAAGAGGUAGAGAGAUUAAACACCAUGCAGCUUGAGCAUGGCGGACUGUGGACAGAGAUGUGUUGAUGAGUAGGACAGUUGGUGAUAUCACGUGACUUUAGUCCAUGCAUCACUCAAAACGUAUCACUCAAAAAAUUGAUCUCAAGUUUAACAGAACGUUUCUUGUCUGAGGGGUGCAAGAAUGUAUUCUGUUCUUAUUACCUAAUACUGUCAUUAAACAUAAUAUCCU